UUAAUUUUUCAUAUACAGUAUUACAUGAGAGUUAAUAAGGAGAAAUUGGACAAUCAGGCAACUGGCUGAGUGACUUUGUGCUGGUGAAGACGAGUCUACUUGUCUUUAGUGAGUCUGAGGAGUUUUGUAUGAGAAUCUACAUAAAGCUACACGACUGGAGAAACUGGUGAUUGGUCGGUCGUGUUACUGGAGAUCACAGAUCUUUGAGAAAAUGAGCGAGAAGUUGGUUUGUAUGCCACAUCUAACAGUCUUAAAAAUUCAGUACAUAGCAACACCUGAGAUGAUUCAUGGCCUCUCAAAAACCUGCUCUAAGCUUUAUGAGUUGUCACUGGCAGGCUCAGAGAAUAUUACUGACCAACAGUGUGAUGAAAUUGCCAAAUGUGCUGGACUAACAUUGCUGGAUAUUUCUGGAACAAGAAUUACUGGAAGAGGAUGUUGGAAAAUUCUAGAUGCCAUAAAAAGUCUGUCUUGGCUUCGUCAUUGUGCUUUCAAUUGUAAUUCAGAUGCACUUCUGUUUGAAUCAAGAGCAGACUUAUUUAACUGUAUUAAAGAACAGUUGCGGCGCGGAGAAAAUGCCAUAUCUUUGGUGGAUCGGCCGGACCUUAGUCUCAGAGAUGCCAGAUUCAACCUGAAGAACUUCUGGCUCUUCAAUCCCUUCACUGAAGACUUACUGACCUCACUGCUCUGUCCUGAUUUGGAGAGCCUUCGUCUAGAUUUUGUCUUCCAGGAUUUAGAAGGAGAGCCGGACUUGACGAUCCUCUCCUCACUCACCCAGAUCAGGAACUUGGAGGCAAACUUGUACGACCGAUGUUCUAUUGACUUAGUUGGUCGUAUGGUAGAAGGCUGUGGAAAACGACUAACGACCUUGGAACUGCACCUGGCUGAUGACUGGUUCUUUGUUGCACAAGCUCACAAUAUUGUAGCCACCUGUUGCCCAAACCUGGUAACUCUCACCUUCUCUGGAGACUACAAGGUCAGUACACCUAUGUUAUGGUUUAAUAUGUACCUGUAUUACAAAUAUACUUUGCCUUCAUCACUUUAUUUUCUUUGCAUCAGUUUAAAUGCAGUAAAACAUCCCAUUUGAAUAUUCAAUAAUUAAUGCCUGGGAUAACUACCCUGUAGUUGGCUGUAGAUAUUUCAUUAUGAAUUCUUU